CGCCGUCCUCCUCCUCUUCUUCACUCUCCUCCUCCUCCUCUUCAUCGUCCUCGAAGGAAGAGGAAGGAAAGAUGAAGGAGGAGGGGGAGGAAGAAGACGAGGAAGAACAGGAGGAAAAGGAAACUAAAACUGAAAGUGAAAUUGAGAUAAGUGAAGAAGCAGACUCGAGAGGGACGAAAGAGGAGGCAAGAGGAGGCAGCAAGAACUCACGAAGCGACCACAGCCACGAGGAGGAGGAAGAGGAGGAGGAAACUGAUGCAGAAGGCGGUGAACGUGAUCAUGCUGAGAUGGAGCACCAGCAGAGUGUCCCCGAGGCGAUGGAUGGAGCGGAAAUCAACCCAGAUAUGGAUGACAUGACGAAGAUGGAAAUGGGGAGCAUGGAAAUGAAUGAUGCACGUCUCCCGACCCAGAUGGAGAAGGUGGGCAUGGCAGUGGACACCUGGCGGGCUACUGACGAUGAAGACCUGCUGGAGGGAUCAGGGGCCAGCCAUCACGAUAAGAUAUACGAGCUAGCGUGGUCCGUGUGGUCUGGCUGCUCGACAUCCUGUGACGGUGGGGUCCGCGUCAGAUCGUACCGGUGUCUGCCUGACCAGCCGCUCCUUGAGGCUUGUGUUCACGCCGGCAUCGAAACCCAGGAACAGCAAACGUGUAACUUGCAGCCGUGCCCUCCGACCCACGCCCCCGCCCCCUCUGCGAUGUUCCCAGACAGGGCGCCAGGAGUCAUUCAGGCGAUUCCAUACAUGACAGCCACCAGUAACUUGUCCCGAGCUGCUACUCCGACACCGCUGGAUCAGAUCAUGGCUUUCCCUAUUACCGCUUCACCCUCUGCCUCCUCCUCUUCCUCCUCUUACUCCUCCUCCACUCCAUCUUCACCUGUAAUUACCGUACCUUCCGGUUCCUCUGCUACCUCCUCCUCCUCCUUCUCCUCCUCCUCUUCCUCCUCCUCCUCCUCCUUGUUCCCCUCCUCCACUCCAGCCACGCCUACCACCACUACAAGAGAUUACGGUGUGAAUAUUCAUCCUCUACCAGACAACUUCUACAGCCUCCCUUUCCUCCAGCCAACAUGGACUUACUACAGAUUCCUCUCCUCACUCUUCCUCCUCCUCCUAUUCCUCCUCCUCUUCCUUCCCUCUCUCCUCCCCUUCCAUUAGCCACGCAGAGGAGAAGCCCUGGAAAGAAACAUCAAUGAACAGCAUCCCAGUCAACCCAGAAGAAGCGCCCCUGACGGAGAGACGCCUCAACGAUGUGGUACCUUGGGGGACAGUCGCUACCUCCUCCGCCAAGAGAACUAAGUGGAGUUAUUGGUACCAACAACAGCAACAGCAACAGCAGCACCAGCACCAAUCAAACCACCACGGCAGCAACCCCCACCACCACCAUCACCACCACCAACACCAACACCAAAACCAACACCAUCACCAUCAGAAUCAACAGCUGCACCACAACCAGCACCAUCGCAUGAGGCAUCACCAUCAUAAACAAAGCGUGGUGCAGCGGGGUGAGGUGUGUCCUGGCGGCUGCGUCAACCAGGGGGUGUGUGGCCAUGGCGGUGUGUGUCACUGUGCCCGGGGGUGGAGCGGCCAGCGGUGUGAGGUGCCCCUGUGUGGACUCGGGGGCUGCAGGAACGGUGGCAUGUGUGUGUCCCCCGAGAGAUGCCACUGCGCGCCGGGCUACACAGGAGACCGCUGCCAAGACGCCGUCUGCUCCCCUGAGUGUGGUGGCGGGGGAACCUGUGUCCUGCCUGGCCUAUGUGCGUGUCCUCCCGGCCUCCUGCCCCCGACUUGCACGCCCAUGUGCACGCCGAGGUGUCAGCACGGCGGAGAGUGCACGGGGGUAGGCCAGUGCUCGUGUCCUGCUGGGUAUUCUGGGUCGCGCUGUGAGUCCGCUGUGUGCUCCCCGUCUUGCCAGCAUCGGGGAACCUGUGUAGCGCCAGGCGUGUGCUCCUGUCCCCGCGGCUAUGGCGGCGCGCGCUGUGAGAGACCUGUGUGUCGGCCUCCCUGUCAGAACGGAGGCACUUGUUUGGCUCCUUACCUGUGUCGCUGUCCCGCUGGCACCCUUGGAACCUACUGUCACAAGUUCCUAUGCUCGCGUGGGUGCGGCGUGGGCGGGACCUGCAUAGGCGUGGAGAGGUGCCAAUGCGGGAGCGGGUACUCUGGCCCCUCCUGCACCGUGCCGCUCUGUGACCCGCCGUGUGCCAAUGGAGGGACAUGCAUCAGACCCGGCGUGUGUUCCUGUCCCCACGGUUACUCCGGUCGCUGGUGCACUGUCAAGAAGUGCAAGUAUGUACCCAAGCAAGUGGAAUACACGAGGACGUACAAGAAGGCGGUGCCGCAGCGGGUACAGACGCACUGCGGGGCUUGGGGCUGGAAGACUUGCACCUCCGUCAGGCAGAGCUACCAGACGGUCACGCAGAAGUAUUACCGAACUGUAUACACGUGUCAGACCUCCGCCGCCAAACCCUGAGCGAGGCCGGCGCGAGGAAGGCGAGACUCUUUGCCUGUUGUCAUCAGGUAGUCGUAGUACUUACCUCACACCGUCACCUGUAUAUCCGGUGCGGGAAGAAAGCAAAAUUGACUGGCAGGAUUGUGUUUGUUGAUAUCCCCUAAAGCCUCCCGCCCUUCCCUUCCUCCCUCCUGGUGUGAGUGGACUGUAAUAGCUUCCUUACAGUGGACAAAAUUAGUCUCCAGACAGCGGACACCAGGCUGUACCAAGCUGCAAACACUCUGCUGCCAUUUCUUGCCACAUCCACCACCGCUGUGCCAGAUACCGGGUGCAGGCUGAUGUACAGGAAGUGUAUGUACUUCAUGCCACGGCACACGCUGUCCACCCGCAGAGGGACCAGCUGGCUGCAACGAGACCCAAUCUUAGGGUCUUGCCUGCAGCGACCCAGCGAGGUCGCCACGUGUGACCCUGGAGCCUCGGCCGCCGCCAGGACAAGUUGUAAAAAUACUCAUUUUUUCUCCUUCCGUAUUUUUAGCUUCUCGUCAUUUUAUUUGUUCGUCGUCACUUGUUGUGAAGUUUACGUUUAUUGUAUAGUAAUAAUAUUGAUAGUAAUAAUAUUGAUGAUGAUAAUGAUAGUUAUCUGGAGACUCAGUGGAAGGCAUCAACGUUUGCAGUGAGUGAAUCGUGAAACUCCUUCGUGUUGACAUCAAUGUUCAGUCCUUCAAGGUAUACAUAGAGUCAAAGUCUUGUGUUCUGAGGGAGACAGUUGUGCAACGCGAUCGCCUUUGUUACGCCUGACUCCGAGACUUGCUGUAGAGCUGUGUGGAAGGUGGAGGUACUCCCGAACAGACCACCCUCAGUAGUAUCUUGGAUAUUUUUGGGGUAAGAAGUAGGAAAAUUAGUAUCUUCCACAACUGAUUAUCCGUCUGACCGGUGUGUGUAUUUUGGAGUAGGUGUAGUGUAGGAAGCAGUGGGUGGGUGUAACGGUGACAAAAUGUAAGUCAAUGUCCUGUACUAGUAGAAGUCCCUGGUGUGUGGCAGGAAGCACCGUUAUAAUCACAGGUUUGCUGUACGUAUAAUGAAAACACCCAAAAUAAAUCAGGAACCUUUUACUCCCU